ACAACUUUACCAUAUGAACGUCAACGCUGAAAAUAGGUUCCUGAUGUAGCAGGUGGUCGAAUCGUCGUAGUGUAAAUCAUAAAGAAUAUAUCUCAAAGUGCAUUGCGCAAUGUUUCUCGGGAAGUGAUGUAACUAAUUGCCAGAUAUUUCUGAGUUCUAUCCCGUGCUCUGCAGCGGCAUUGCUGCAAUUUUUUUACACAACGGUAUGUGAAUUUUGCUGCGUUGUAUUAUGAUCAAAUUAAUUCAGUGGGCGCUGAGUGCACUCCAUCGAUUGGACAGUGCUGUAUCCAUUCCGCAGGCGUGCGAUGUUUCCUUUUCAGUCAUUAUUAUUAUUAAGAAAGGUCAAUGCAUGUUGUAUAAAGCUAACAGGUGACAUCAGCAGGCCAAUAUUAACUACUUAAGCUGCUGGUUAUUUCGACUUAUAGGCAAUUAGCAGCGGGCAACGAAAGUUAGGCGAGAAAGACUUUCAGCACCACUUUCCACUGGACAGCGCUCGAGCGGCUUUGGGAUCGAGAGCCAAUUCAAAUGCAUGGAUUUCUUUGGGAUAUUUCAAAGGAUGAAUGGAGUUUUUCGCAAGUGAGAACAUUCUUCAAGUGAUAUAUACUAUAUUACUAUCAGAAACCAAAAUUUUCAUUAUUCUAAUUUCUCACAUCGACAUGUUUCUUCAUUGGAUAUGGGUCAAUUCUCACAGAGAAGAUUCUACCCGAGCAGGAUAAAGGGUGCACACUCAGCAAGGACCUGCUGUUAAAGGGAAUACACCCAGCAGCCUGGAGACCUGACAUGAGCGGCCUUAAGGAUCUGACACGAACCAACUAAAUCCUCCCACCCCAACCCCAAGGGAAGGUGAGAGAUUAAAAACUUCUGUUCGAGUCAAGGAAGAAGAAGAAGACGAAAGAGGGGAGAAAGACAGAGAGAAAACAGCGAAGGAAAAAAGCUUAUCAUUCACCUUUCUUCUUCUCUAUUCCCCCUGUGAGGGAUCCCCACUAGUCAGUAACAGUGGGCAGAGGAGGAAAAAAGCCGCUGCCCACCACACUGACCACACUAUGAAGAGAGAAACAGCACGAAGACAGUGAUAACAAGGGAAGAGGAUGGAUCCUUUGCGGAGCCAUAUAAAUUCAUUCUCUAUUUCAUAACUGAGUACACUGGAGACUAAGGCAACAUGAACAUUUCCGUACUCAUUGCUUCAAGAUGUAUUAUUAAGGCUAGCCCUCCGGUCAUAGAGUAGUGUUCUUUGUGUUCCUGAUUCCAACGGGUUCUCCAGUCCAUCAGGGUUGUAGUCAUGUUUUUGCCCAACGGGUGUGCUAUGAACCGGACUGGCAGGAUCUGUCACCGGGUUGGCCUUAUCAUGUUCUUACUCCUCUUCUACUGCUCCUCAUUGGCCGCCCAUUCAACCAGACCCAAAGGUCCAGGCGGCACUCACCUGAAUUCAAUCCGCAUUGAUGGGGAUAUCUCCCUGGGAGGCCUGUUUCCAGUGCAUGCCAGGGGCAAUGAAGGCAAGGCCUGUGGGGAGCUGAAAAAGGAGAAGGGGAUCCAUCGCCUGGAAGCCAUGCUGUUCGCCAUUGACCGUAUCAACAACAAUGAUACCCUGCUCCCCAAUAUCACCCUGGGGGCACGCAUCCUGGACACGUGUUCUCGGGACACCCACGCCCUGGAGCAGUCGCUCACCUUCGUCCAGGCCCUCAUUGAGAAGGACGGGACAGACGUCAAGUGUCUGGGCGGAGGGGCGCCCAUCAUCACCAAGCCUGAGAGGGUGGUGGGAGUUAUCGGAGCCUCAUCCAGCUCUGUGUCCAUCAUGGUGGCAAAUAUACUGCGCCUCUUCAAGAUUCCCCAGGUGAGCUAUGCCUCCACUGCCCCAGAACUGAGCGACGACACACGCUACGACUUCUUCUCCCGUGUGGUCCCUCCAGACUCCUACCAGGCCCAGGCCAUGGUGGACAUCGUCAAGGCCAUGCGUUGGAACUACGUUUCCACUGUGGCGUCUGAGGGGAACUACGGGGAAAGUGGUGUGGAUGCCUUCAUACAGAAAUCUAGAGAAGAUGGAGGUGUGUGCAUCUCUCAGUCGGUCAAGAUUCCCCGGGAUGCGAAACCAGAAGAGUUUAAAAAGGUCAUUAGUCGACUAAGAGAAAACCCAAAUGCAAGGGUGGUCAUCAUUUUUGCCAAUGAGGAUGAUAUCAGGCGGCUACUCGAAGCAGCUAAGAAGGCCAACCAGACAGGUCAUUUCAUCUGGGUGGGCUCAGACAGCUGGGGCUCAAAGAUCUCCCCUGUGCUAGACUUGGAGGAGAUGGCAGAAGGAGCUGUCACCAUCCUGCCUAAACGUCAGUCCAUCAAAGGGUUUGAUCGUUACUUCACCACCCGCACACUGGAGAACAACAGGAGAAAUAUCUGGUUUGCUGAGUUCUGGGAGAAUAACUUUGCUUGCAAGCUGAGCCGACACGCUUUAAAGAAAGGGUCUGGGCUGAAGAAAUGCACAAAUCAGGAGAGGAUAGCUAAUGACUCCAAGUACGAACAAGAGGGAAAGGUGCAGUUUGUGAUCGAUGCAGUAUACUCCAUGGCCCAUGCACUGCACAACAUGCAGAAAGAACUCUGUAAAGAGGAGGUGGGCUUUUGCUCCAGGAUGGACCCCAUCAAUGGCACUCUGCUUCUCAAGCACAUCCGCAAACUCAACUUCAAAGGCAUAGGAGGCAACCCAGUGCUCUUCAAUCAGAAUGGAGAUGCCCCUGGUCGUUAUGAGAUCUACCAGUACCAGAUCAGAAACAGAACCGCCAAGUACAAAAUCAUUGGCAACUGGACCCAACAGCUCCAUCUGGACAUCCCAGCGAUGCAUUGGCCGGGAGGAGGUCGUAAGAUCCCCUACUCUAUAUGCAGCCACCCGUGCCAGCCUGGAGAGCGCAAGAAGAUAGUGAAAGGCAUUCCUUGCUGCUGGCACUGCGAGCGCUGCGAUGGCUACCAGUACCAGGCAGACACAUACAGCUGCAAGAUGUGCCACUUCAAUCUGCGUCCCAACGAGAACCACACUGCUUGCCGUCCCAUACCUAUUGUCAAGUUGGAGUGGAGCUCCCCUUGGGCUGUUAUACCUGUCCUCAUCUCCGUGUUGGGCAUAAUGUCCACGCUGUUCGUGGUGGUCACCUUCAUCCGCUACAACGACACGCCCAUCGUCAAGGCGUCAGGCCGCGAGCUCAGCUACGUUCUGCUGACGGGCAUCUUCAUGUGCUACGCCACCACCUUUCUCAUGAUCUCUGCCCCCAAUGCAGGGAUCUGCUCCCUGCGAAGGAUCUUCCUGGGUCUCGGGAUGAGCAUUAGCUAUGCAGCCCUGCUCACCAAGACAAACCGCAUCUACCGUAUCUUUGAGCAGGGGUCCAUGUCAGUGAGUGCCCCCAGAUUCAUCUCCCCCGCCUCACAGCUGGUCAUCACGUUCAGCCUGACUUCAGUGCAGCUCCUGGGGGUGUGCAUUUGGUUCUGCAUGGACCCAUCCCAGGCCAUCAUCGACUACGAGGACCAGCGCACAGCCAACCCGGACCUGGCUCGUGGGGUGCUCAAAUGUGACAUCUCUGACCUUUCUCUGAUCUGCUUGCUGGGCUACAGUAUGCUGCUCAUGGUCACAUGCACGGUGUACGCCAUUAAGACCCGGGGGGUGCCGGAGACCUUCAAUGAGGCUAAGCCCAUCGGCUUUACAAUGUACACCACCUGCAUCAUCUGGCUGGCUUUCAUCCCCAUCUUCUUUGGCACCUCACAGUCCACAGAGAAGAUGUACAUCCAGACAACCACGCUGACCAUCUCGGUGAGCCUGAGUGCUUCCGUCUCUCUGGGGAUGCUCUACAUGCCCAAGGUCUAUGUGAUCCUCCGGCACCCAGAGCAGAACGUGCCCAAACGCACGCGCAGCCUAAAGGCUGUAGUUACUGCCGCCACCAUGUCUAACAAGUUCAACCCCAAAGCCGGCCUACGUCCCAAUGGAGAGGCCAAGACUGAGCUGUGUGAUAGCCUGGAAACACAAGCUUUUGCCACAAAACAAACAUACAUCAGCUACAGCAACCAUGCAAUCUAGAAAGGGAAGGCCAUUGCCAUUGUUCAGGAUUGUCACCUCGCGGCAGGUGAAAAUGUUGUAUGCAGUUGAAAUGGGAACGAAAGAGAGGAAGGAAAUGGACAUAGUACAUGUUGUAAGGAUCAUUAAAGGAUUUCCCAAGGAUUGGUUUUGGUAAAGAACUGAAAAAAGACCACACCGAGAUGCAGGGAGAAACCCUCAGGGGACCCCAACAGAACAGAUACAGUAUAAUUGUGAUAUUCCAUCUUGUAUCGGCCAUGGCAGACAAGACAAACAGUUCCCUUCUGGCAGAGGCCAGAUACCAGAGAGGAUAUCAUGCAGGAUAGAUCUUCUCCUGCCUUCUCGUUGUUUACAUUGCAGCUUUACCUUCUCUGUCUCUCUCUCUCUUUCUCUCUCUCUCUGUCUGUCUCUCAAUGACUUCUCAUCUGAAGCUGACCGGACUGACAUCCAAUCCAAUUGAAAGAAUCUGUUUAGGUGCAAUGCAAUGUUGUAGUCUCCCAGUGUUUUCAUCAGUAAGUGACAUUGCUCUAAAUGCUUCAGGAAGUUGCAAACCACCAGGUUGACGAGUGCUCAGUCCUUAAAGAUCUAGCAUUUUACAUUUUAUUGUUUUGUUUUUCUUUCUAAAAGUAUAUCAGUUUAAGAACAAAAAAAUCAUUCCAACAAUGCAGGAUAGCAUUUGAACACCAUCGUAUUUUUGUUGUUUUUACCUUUUCUGUCUUCAUUCAAUUGACAAGAAAAAAAGAAAAAAGAUAAUGAUAUGUUGACAACAAAGCAUAUACGGUCAUUACUGAUUUAAAGCAUGCCAGUUUGAACAUCCUGUGUUGUAUUGUUAAAAGAAAAAUAUUUGGAAUGCGUUUAAACUAUGUUGCAGUGUUGUUCCCAUUGGUUGGGGCCUGAGCCUAUUGUACGUAACCUUCAAACUGGUGAAGGUCUAGUGAGUGAUCUUUGUUUCUUUGUGUUAAAGUGAGGCCCUGAUCUGUAUUACCAGCUAUCUAAAGGCUGCCACUGCCCUGUACAUCCGUCAUUUGGUACAGUACCUCCAAAAUAAGGUCUAUCUGCUGACAAGAGGCCUUACAGUGAAUCACCGUGGAUGACCGCAUCCACUUCCACCAGCCAUUCUCCUGGUCACACAUACUGUAAAGGUACAGCUAAAUUGAACAGAUCUAAUUCCAUUAAAAUGGGGAUUACGCUAAAGUACGCCUUGGUGAGCUGCCACACAGUAUUAAUCCACCCAAGAUGAUAUCCAUAAUUAAUAAAACAGUGAUUGAGACUAUUUCAUAACUGUAUUGUCUGAGAACUCUGAUGUUCUUUAAAACGCUUCAGGGAUAUACUAUAUGACUGAUGCCUCAAGCUGCAGAAUGAAACCUAUUUCGGUCGAAAUGCAAAGGUCCAGUUCUACUUUCAGUCGUAUUCAGCUCUUCAAAUAAAUAUAUCAGAGGGGGUUGCUGUGAAACAGAGCAGCCCUUUAGUUUUUAGGGGGAAAUAUUGUGAGGUCAUUUGUGAUGUAAAUUCAAUGCUGCUUUUCCAUCUAUCCCUCUGUAUUGCUUUCAACACCACUUGUGUUGCAAAAAGAAAAUAAUGUGAGUGCUGACCAAAUUAAAUGGCAAUUAAAUGUAUGUUAUUAAAUAGAUUGAUGAUGUCUGCUUUUAUGUCCUGACAAAUCUUAAAAGGGAAAAAUGUGAACAAAAAAGAAACAGUGCCUGGCUAUCUGACUACGUAUUUGUAAAACCUAUUGAAAACUAAUGAAGUGUGUGGAGCAUGUUCUUUUUUUUAUGAAAUCACAUUUCAAAUUAAAUUGUUUUAAAAAUGUCAA